GGCGGUCUCGCUCCGAGAAGGUCGGGCGCAGGGCGGGGCUUCUGAUAACAACACUCCGGACUCAAGUCGGGGCUAUUUGUUGCUGCGCCGCCGCCGCCGCCGCCGAUCGGGGGGCUGUCCCUUCCUCAGCUAUGCUCAGCGCUCUUCCCGCAUUCUCGUAGCCAGCGCUAGAGCAGCAGUUGCCUCCCGUUGCCCUGCGACCGCUCUCUUCUGUCUUUUCCUUCUACUUUUUCCCUUUUCCUCCGUCCCCUAACCGCUCCCCACCUGCCAGCUCCAUGACGGUCGCCUCAGUCCCGCAGCGGGAGCCGCUCAUUCUGGGCUGCCGCCUGGCUCCGCUGGGCUUUGCCCCCCGGGCUUACUUCGGACACUUCCCCAUGAUGACCGCGGUACCACCGCCUCCUUUCCCCCGGCUCCCGGACCCUCGGGCUCUGCCCCCCAACCUCCUCCUCCACUUUCUGGGUGACAGCCGCUGCCGGACCCCACAGCCGCCCACUCCGGUACCCCCUCCCCCGCCCCCGCCUCCAGCGCCGCCGGGAACCUGCAACCCCCGGGCAGCCCCCAAGAAGCGAAGAAAGAAGAAGAUCCGGCCCAGCCCGGCGGGACAGCUCCCCAGCCGCUAUCACCAGUACCAGCAGCACCGGCCGAGUCUCGAGGGUGGGGGCAGCCCGAGUAGAGCCCAGGGGAUCCCGGCCCAUGCGCCCGCCGCUGCCUCGUCCCCCGGCCCUGCUCCAGGAGCCCGGGCCGAGGAGCCGAGUUCCGCUGCCACCCCGGGGAGCCCGCUGCCCGGCGCCGCUGCGGCCAGCCUCCCGCAGCCGACCAGAAAGGAAGUUUUUAAAUCAAAGAUGGGAAAGUCUGAGAAGAUUAUCAUUCCCCCUGGCCAACUUGUUCACAGUAUACAUUUGUGUGAACAACCAAAGAUUAACAGACAGAAAAGCAAAUGUAACAUACCACUAACCAAGAUCAGCUCUGCAAAAAGAAAUGAAAAUAACUUUUGGCAGGAUUCUGUAGCAUCGGAAAUCAUUCAGAAGCAGGAGAAAAAGCCUUUUAAAAAUACUGAGAACAUCAGAAACAUGAAUCUGAAGAAAUCAGCUUUUCAAACUGAAGUGAGCCAAAAGGAAAAUUAUGCUGGGGCAAAGUUUAGUGAUCCACCAUCUCCUAGCGUCCUUCCAAAACCUCCAAGUCAUUGGAUGGGGAGCACUUUUGAAAAUUCCAGCCAAAAUAGGGAGCUGAUGGCAGUACAUUUGAAAACUCUCUUAAAAGUUCAAGCUUAGUCUCCAGAUUCAAACUAUGUACAAAAAAAACAUAGUUUUUCAAGGUUUCUGGAUACUUUAAAAAAAAAUCAGUACAGAAAUUGGUAUUUGCCUUGUGACCAGAAGUGCAAAAGACAGUUUUAAAGAUGUCAUUCAAACUUGUAUUUUAUAUUUUGUAAAUACUGUAUACCAUGUAAUAUGUGUAUAUUGUUCAUAUCCUGAGAGGUACAUUAUAGUUUUGUUAUGAAAGUAUUUUGCACUGCCUUAAAUGGUAGGUGUUUUGUAUAUAUAAAAAGGAAUAGUUUAACGUGUGCUAAGGCACAUGGAUGACUGAUGCAUUUGCACAAGGUAUUGAGAACUUUUCAAGGAGAAACAGUUAUCUCAUUUCAAGGUGAAGAUCUAAAUGUGAACAAUUUACUAAAUGCACUACUGAAAUUUUAACUCUGUGGCACAAUCAUUGUAAACAUGGAGUUUUUGUGUUGCUCUACAAUAGAUUUUUGCUUUCUCAUUGCAAAUAUUGGUAAAACUUGUUUCCACUUUUACCAAGGUUAACUUUGUGUUUGGUCAAGAUCCAUUUUAAAGCAUUUCUUACUGCUUUAAUGCCAGAAAAAAUUGGUUGUAUUCAAAUUUUAAAAUAAUAAUUUGGCCUCCCCUUUAAACAA